AUGUCAUUCCAGACUCCUCAGAAGAAGUGCUCUCUGAACGUCAAGGACCUCGGAAAGAUCGAUGGCUGGCACUAUUCGGAUGGUGUAGAGCAGUUUUGCGGAAUUCAAUAUGCUGAUCUGCCCAAACGCUGGACCCGAUCCCUGCUCAAGACAUCCUGGCCGAACAAAUAUCACGAUGGAACUCAGCUUGGAAAUAACUGUCCUCGCCCACAGGUCUCAGGGAGCGACUCCAAUCCAAUGAACCCAUUCAUGCCCGUCCCAGAAAACCCUACUUUCACACGCACUCCAAUCAGCGAUGAAAAGACAGCUCUCGUCCUAAACAUUGCUACCAUUUACAACCCAGGAAAGCCAAAUCAGAAGCUUCCCGUAUUCGUCUGGAUUCACGGCGGGUCUUUGCUCUUCGGAAGCGCAAACUAUGGAAUCUACGACACCGUCAAUCUCGCCUCUCGCAGCAAGGCAAUUGGCCUCCCUAUCGUCAUCGUGAGCAUCAACUACAGACUAGGUCUGGGUGGAUUUCUAGCUGGAUCGAAAAUCGCAGAAGAGCUCAAACACGAUGGUUUCACCGGCAAUGGUAACUUCGGGUUUACAGACCAGAAAGUCGCCCUGGACUGGGUACAGCGAUACAUUGUCAAUUUCGGCGGAGAUCCCGAGAAUGUCACGGUAGUUGGUCAAUCUGCUGGAGGCGUCUCUAUUGGACAUCAUAUGGCAUCGAAUUAUCCGAUGAAGUUUCAUCGCGCGGUUUGUAUGUCUGGAAUUGGGACAACAUUACGUGCAAUGCCGCUAGAUGAACAUGAGGCUUUGUUCCGCAACACCUGUCGCUACUUUUCUAUUGACCCGAAUGCUUUUGAUGCGCUGGAUCAGCUUCGUAAGGUUGAUCAACAGGCUCUUGCGGAUGCGGAUCAUAUCAUUCAAGGUGUGCCGGCUGGUACGGGGAAUCCAUGCUUGGAUGGAUGGUUUUAUGCGCAUGAUCCACAAGAAUUGACGGAGGCGCCCAAGUGGGUAAAGUCACUCAUUAUUGGAGACGUUCAUGAUGAAGGUGUCAUCUUUGUGAUGAAUCUCAUGAAAGACAAGUUUCAUACCAUUCGCAACACUCUUAUUGGACAAGUGCAGGAUGAAAAGUUUGUUGACGCUGUCCUCGGGGAAUAUGGCAUCACUUCCGAUCUCGCCCCUAAAGAGCUCUUGAACAAAGUAUGUGGCAUGGCUGCUGAUGCUGUCUUCAAGAUGGAAAACUACCAGACCUCAAUUGUGAAUAAGCGACUCCGAAGCCAGGAUGCACUUUUCAAGUAUCAUUUCGAUCAGCGGUCCCGUCUACAUAAUGCCCUUGAAGGAAUGGCGUAUCAUGGCUAUGAAGUUCUGUACCUAUUCCAAAAUCUGGAUAAGGAGUUCAACGAGGAAGAGCGUGCCAUGGCCACAGAUUUCCAAACCGCUUGGAUUCGAUUUGCAUAUGGGCUUGAGCCGUGGCAAAAAGAAGUUGAUCUCAGUCUGUGGAAGAUUUGGGGACCUGAUUCCCAGGAAAGGGUUGAGACAGAAGCACAGGAUGAGCCAGUUCGUUUAUAUUCCAGAUUCAAGCGACUCAAAGCACUUGGUGCAGGUGGCCUAUGGAAAAAAUAUCUCAAGGGCCUGGAUUAUUUAGUUAUGAAGCGAGGCAAUUCUGGGAAAUUUUAG